AUGCCCCGAAUUCCAACGCGAACCGAGCCGUACGCCUCCCCGGCUCGGCAGCAGCGCCACUUCAAGGCCAAACGCGACCAGAUCCUGCGGGCGCUCGGCAAGGCGGCGUACAUCAACGGGUCUCAUUUCGCCAUCAUGUGGGUGUCCGCUAGGGGGGAUGUGGAGACGUACGCGAGUGAGGCUUUUCAAAACCGGUUGGGGGGUUGGUUUGGGAAAGGAGGGAGUGGCGAGGAGAUGGAGGGGAUUGCGGCGGAGGCGAGGGGGUUGGUGCUCGGCGCGAGGGCGGGUGAGGAUAUGGAGAAGAGGCGCGAGGAGUCGUGGGAUUUCGAGGAAGACGACGAGAGUCGGGGUGAUGUUGAGGAUGAUGUGUUUCUCGAUGUGACCAAGGGCAGAGUGCCAGACAUGGACAGUGUGCUGGAUCAAGCUGAGACCACCAAAGGGAAGGGCAAGCGACCGGCACCGCUCAACACCGCCAUCGCCAACCAGCACUUCCUCCGAACUCGCAUCGACGAACCUCGAUCCGCACCGCUCUUUCUCACCAAUCUCAACCCGCCGCGCUCGUCCACGCCUCUUCUCCCGCGUCCCACCUCCCUACAACCGCGUCCCGCCGGUCCGACCACUCCAACCCUUCACAUCGUCCUUCCCGACCUCACCGCCCGUACCGCCUUCCUCCAUUUGCGGUUCGCCCAACUUCAACAAUCCGUCUGCAAAAUCGUCGCCAAGGCGUGGAUCAAGAUCAUCGAGCCCAAAAAGCAAACCCGCUGCCCAUACAACAAGGGCGAGUCCGGUAAACCCAGCUGGUGGCCCGAGGGAGUCCGACACAAAGAGCCAGACCACCUCAUGAAGGCCGAGAGGAACACGUUGCUGUUGACGAUUUUGCGCAGUGAGAAGGUGAAGGUGGCGAGACUGCAGUUGGCCACCGCCGAGGUGGUGGCGCUGAUCCGGGCGGAUAAGGCGGCGUUGUUGAUGGAUGUGUACAGGGUGGCGAGGGAGGAGGAGGGGUUGAGGGAGAGGGGGGAGGAGGGGGAGGUGAGGGUGGGAGUGAGUACGUUGGUUGGGUGGGACGGGGUGGAUGACGGGAUGGGGGAGGAGACGGGCGUCACUCCAGAGAAUGUGAACGAGGGUGGAAAGGGCAAGAAGAGACGGGCGAGCGCGAUGGUCAAGUCCAAUUCAACGGGUGGUGUCGACGUUGGGAAGAAGAGACGCAGUAUCGCCAGCAGCCAUUCGAGUGCAGAGGUGACGACGAGACCGCUCCCACACGCUCCAUCUUCGUCGACGGGCGAUGCGUUUGGCACGCCACACGGUCAGCUCCCGAUCGGUCUCGGACUCGUCGCCAACCACGCCGCAUCGUCUUUUGGCGGCGGCGUUGCCAUGCCGCGGUCGCACUCGUUCUCAGCCUUCCCUUCCACGUCCUCAGACUUCGGUCAUGACACCACCGGCUCAGCUUGUCCAACCAACGCUUCACCUUGGCCACCAGCCUUGUUCCCGUUCACCGAGGUCAACGGCCUAGUCACUCCGCUCACCGCCUCGACCAUCAUCGACCCAUCAUUCCCUACUCAGCACCACCAUCCCGAUCCAGCUGCAUUCUACUACCCUCCCCCACCUCAUGCUUUCGCUUAUCCAGCUCCCGUCCUACAAGACUUUUCAGCGCCACAAUACAACGCACUCGGCCUGGAAAACUGGUCCUUUGCCAACAUGCUUCCCGACCUCUCUUGGCCAUCGCAGCCGCAGAGUGGUGAUGUGUCGUUUUCUUUCGAUACGCUCAACAGUGGACCGCGGACGCCGAGCCCGAGUCCUCCCGAGGACGGCGGUGGGCUCAGGUUGAAUCUUGGAAAGCCACGGGCUCCACCUGGCGCCGUCGGCGGUGGGGAGCAGCCGUUUUGGUUGGGCGCAGGCGGAGGUCAGUUUGAAGGACACAGUCAGCAGCGGUGA